UCACAACGCACAGUGGACGAAAUGGCAUGCGAUUCAUUUGGACAUUAAAAAAAAACCGUCAACCGAACCAUUGACAGCACGGCGCGUACGAAACGAAGAGCAGCAGCAGGAGCAGCAGUCACAGCUUGCUUCCUCACACACAUACACGCGCUGCUCGUAACGGUGAGCGCACGAUAAGAGAGCCCUGCGCUUGCUUUUAACACCGAAAAUUCCACCCCGUGUGCGUGUGUAAGUGUGUAACGAUUGGCAAACGCGCGCGCUCUGCCACCAAGCACCACCACAAAUCGAACAGGACCGUGCGUGCGUGCGUGCAUCGUCCAGCAAAGGUCGCUCUCACAACAACAACAACAACAACAACAGCAGCAGCAGAAAGUAAUAGUAACGGUCCGCAUUCGCGAAGAAGUUCCCCCAUUUCCAGAACCGACGGCUCGGGUGUUUUUUUUUUUUGUUUGUUGCGGUUCUCUCUUUCUCUCGUGCUCUCCCUUGUACGGCACGGUGUGUAUUCUUACUGCCGUUUUAUUCUCGCUCGAUCUCUGCCAUUCUCGCAAACGCGGUCAGAAGGCUGUGUGUGUGUGUAUGUGUGUACGUGCGUGUGUUUGGAUGCGUGCUCGGUCGAGAAACGACGGCCUGUGAUUUAACCUCCCCUCCCCGUCUCGUUCGCACACCUUCCGUGCACUGCACACCAUCGUGUGUGUGUGUGUGUAGCCGUGUCGUUGUCGUGUGUUCGUGCGUGAAGCCAGAUCCGGUGUUCCAUCCAUCCGUGCGUACCAGUGCCAGUGGCUCGAUCGAUUUGCUGUUGCGAAACUACAAUCGCGGGUGUGUGUGUGUGUGUGCGUCACCACUACACAGUUGCAAAAAGGAGUGCGGGAAGGGAGCUGUCGACCCGACUAAUCUGCUUCCGGGGUGCCUCCCUACUAUCAACCAAGCCGGGGAACCAAGCCCCAGCGAGGUCCAAUCAACCCCCGACAGUGCCGCCGACCAUCAACCCUUGGCGCGGAUGCGGACCAGGUACAGUCGAGCGAAUUGACCGAAUGCGGCCCCAGCACCAUUGCGGAACAGUCGGUGGAGCAACCCGACAUCGCUGACCAGCUACGCCCGACUCUUCCUCCGGUCAUUUGGCAGCAGGGAAGGAAGGAAACGGGGAACGAUCGAUCAGGUGUUGCGAAACACGCGCACACCGAGAGAGAAAGAGAGAGAAAGGGGAAAACGGUGUGUGUGUGUGUGUCCUUCAACCUUUCGCGCUACCAUCCGAACGGCGACGCUGGAAGCAGGCGGGCGAAACACGACGUAAACACAAAGGCAAACGGGACACGGGCGGACGUGCAUGUAUGCGAGGGCCGAACGGACGAACCCUUAACAACCCGGCGAAUACGCAACAGCAGCAGCAAGGGACAGGCAGCGCUUACGAAGCAGCCCCGGGCCCACCACCCAGCCACACACACACACAAUGCUACCCACGUACCAGCGGGUAGGUGGCGGCGGGAGCGGUACCGCCGGCACGAGCGUCUCCGUGACGAACCCGCUGCUCGGGCGGCGGUCGUUCCGGUCGCGCGAGAAGUGUCUCAUCCUGCUCGUCCUCUCCACGUUCGGGUUCGUCUGCUUCGGCGGGUUCUUCUUCCUGCCGGACAACUUCAGCGCGGACCGGGUGCUGAAGGCGUACAAGCAGUUCCAGCGGGCGGGGCCGGAAAUCUUCAUACCGGCGCCGCCGCCCGCCCACGGCCGCACCGGCGAGGAGGACAUCCACCGGCAGGACGACCGGGUGAAGCUGGCGGAAAAGAUACGGAAGGAGCUGCCGGACGACUUUCUCGAGAAGCCGGACACGGGCGGCGGUGGCGAGGCGGGCGUCGGCGGAGAGGAAACGGAGGGCGGAGAGCAGCAGCAGCAGCAGCAGCAGGCGCGGGACGGUGCCGGAGCGAUCGAUGAGCCGGCGCUGCAACCCGGUGGUGUGGGCGUUGUGGCCGGCCCGGCCAUCGAGGGCCCGGCCGGGGUGGUGCAGCCGCCCCACCAGCAGCACGCCCCGGACCAGGAGGAGGGCCAGCUGCAGGAGGUGGCGCGCGGCGAGAAGGCGCGCGCACCGGCCGGGCUGCACUUUAACGCGUCCGUCGGCGAGGACCCGGACCGGGCCGUGCGGGAGAAGCGCAACAAAGUGAAGGAGAUGAUGGUGCACGCCUGGAGCAACUACAAGCUGUACGCGUGGGGCAAGAACGAGCUGCGGCCGCUGUCGAAGCGCGGCCACAGCAACAGCAUCUUCGGGUCGUUCGAUCUCGGCGCGACGAUCGUGGACGGGCUGGACACGCUCUACCUGAUGGGCCUGCACAAGGAGUUCGACGAGGGGCGGGAGUGGGUCGAGCGCAAGUUCACCCUCGACAACGUGGACGCGGAGCUGUCCGUGUUCGAGACGAACAUACGGUUCAUCGGGGGCUUCCUCACCUGCUACGCCUUCACCGGCGACCGGAUGUUCCUGGAGAAGGCGCGCUACGUCGCGGACAAGCUGCUGCCCGCCUUCCAGACCCCGACCGGCAUCCCGUACGCGCUGGUUAACGUGCACAAUGGGGUGAGCAAAAACUACGGCUGGGCAAGCGGCGGCAGCAGCAUCCUGUCCGAGUUCGGCACGCUGCACAUGGAGUUCGCCUACCUGAGCGACAUCACCGGCGACUCGGUGUACCGGGAGCGGGUCCAGACGAUCCGGGCGGUGCUGAAGGACAUCGAGAAGCCGAAGGGCCUGUACCCGAACUAUCUCAACCCGAAGACGGGCAAGUGGGGCCAGCAGCACAUGUCGCUCGGUGCGCUCGGCGACAGCUUCUACGAGUACCUGCUGAAGGCGUGGAUCCAGUCCGGGCAGGAGGACUGGGAGGCGCGCGAAAUGUACGACGACGCGAUGCAGGCCAUCAUCAAGCACAUGGUGCGGAACACCCCGUCCGGUCUGACGUACGUGUCCGACAUGAAGUUCGACCGGCUCGAGCACAAGAUGGACCAUCUGGCGUGCUUUGCAGGUGGUCUGUUCGGGCUCGGCGGCACCUCGCUCAACAAUCAGUAUUCCCAGCAGUACAUGGAGAUCGGCGAGGGGCUGACCAACACGUGCCACGAGAGCUACAUCCGCACGUACACCCGGCUCGGGCCGGAAUCGUUCCGCUUCAACGAUGGCGUCGAGGCGAAGGCACUGAAGGCGCAGGAGAAGUACUACAUCCUGCGGCCGGAAACGUUCGAAAGCUACUUCAUCAUGUGGCGGCUGACGCACGACCAGAAGUACCGCGACUGGGGCUGGGAUGCGGUGCAGGCACUCGAGAAGCACUGCCGCACACCGACCGGCUACACCGGGCUGAAGAACGUCUACCUAACCGAGCCGGUGAAGGACGACGUGCAGCAGAGCUUCUUCCUCGCCGAAACGCUCAAGUACCUCUAUCUGCUGUUUUCCGACGACUCGCUGCUGCCGCUGGACGAUUGGGUGUUCAACACGGAGGCGCACCCGCUGCCGGUCAAGGACCGGAAUCCGCUGUACCGUCCGGCGGCCGGUUCCAGCUCACCGUAAAGCGGCGCGCCAAGCGCGGUCGAUGGAGAGGGUCCAACAAAACAGUGACACACACACACUCGUACACACAAACAGAAGGAGAAGGAGAGUAGAGGAAAA